GUAGACCUCAUGAUGCUGCUCAAUCUAUUAAAUACGAUGUAUGCUGGGGGUCUUGUAAUUGGGAGGGGCUUCAAACAUUUCCGGGCUAGUCGUAUCAAUUUGCACGCAGUCUUUCGUUCCAGCAAAGUUCUGUCAAGCAUUCCCGAAACAGAAUUUCUUCGAACCUUUUUCCUUCCAAGUCGAGGUUUCAUACCCAUAGGAAGUCUAGCCUCCCGGAUAACUAGAUCCAUAAUGAUGACUCCAAAGAAAUAUAUUUCGGUGUUUCUUGUGACAAAUGUGGCAUUAUUCCUUCCCAUCGACGACUCGGGAUCAUGCAUAGUACUGCCACGGGAACCACGCAAUUCUGACUAUUUGUUCCUGAAGUCGGAGAUUAUAGCCCGCGAACCCUCCAUGAUAAUAAUAAUAACACUGCUGUGGGGGAUAUUGUCGAAGAUUCCUAGAGGAUGUCUUCCAGAUUUCCCGAACAAGAAAAACCCACCCAUUGUCAUCAGCAGUGUUAUUAUUCUUGAGAGAAACAAGAUCCCUAAAGACAUUGCUCUAGAUGAUUUCUAUUACGAUGUUGAAACCAGCCAAGUGAAUCUGCUGAAUUUCAACGUUACCGGAGAUGACGUUGUCGUUUUAGAGAAGCUGCUAAACUUCAACGAGAUGUCGCAAGUAAAUCAUACUUACAUUGAGGGAAAGGGAAUUCAAGCCUUGCAUUCUCUAGCGGAAGUCUUACUUGACUAUGCUAGUUUUGAACAUGCUUGCCACAUCGAUCUUAGCUACCUCACAACACAACACUUGAUGCUACAUUCAUUGGCAUAG